UCCUCACGUCGCUCAUUUUGCCAUUUCAAUUUCCAUCUUUCCAUUUUUGGUCUCUCUACCGAUUUGUCCCAGAAACGCUAGAAUGCUUCGUCGGCAUUCCACUGGCAGAUUAAGCCCCCCUUUCCAUCUUUCGAUGACGGAUAGUAACUCUGCCUAUCCGUUCGACAAUCAUCAGCCACAGGAUCUGGACUUUUGCGUUGCUCACCGCCUCUCAACCCCCGGGAAAAACCCGAAACCAGAGCCCUUUGAUCCCGUUGCCGUGGCGUAACAGACACCGUAGUCAAA